GCACUGCGUAAAUUGCUAUAUGGUAUUUCCGUAUCUAGACUUGGAUAUAGAUUGAUAGAUUUAAUUGCAAACAUGAAAAAUCAAUAUCACCAGGGGGAAGGACGUAUGGUGGUAUGCUGUAAGGAUGAGCGAAAUGUAUCGCUGUAACAAAAAUGGCGGAAAUUUAAACAGAAAAUACACCUUGCAGACAUAUUUUUGACAGUGCCGAAUUUGAAUUGUACGUAUAGGCGUAUGCCCAGGUACGCUGCUGGCGUCGGACUACGUCGGACUCCGCUUUAGUACGGGCAGCCCCGGAUAACUACGUUCAGCUACGGAUCAAUACGGCAAGGAGAAAUGGCGAGAUUUUCCGAGAAAGUCAACGUGACUAUCUGCGGCGGUGGAAACGGUGCCCAUACUCUUGCCGGAUUAUCUUCAUUAGUUGAAAACGCCAAUGUUACUGUCAUUGAUGUGUACGAAGACGAGGCUGAACGAUGGACGGAGACUAUGAAGAGCAUGGGUUUCACUGUGAAAUUUAGUGAUGGUGAAUCUCUCUAUCAGAAGCCAGGAGAAGUCAAAUUCAGAGUCUCAAGAGAUGUAAAAAGCGUUGUUCCAAAGUCAGAUAUUUUGAUCAUCUGUGUUCCAGCAUACACACACGAAACUUACUUAAAUCUCGUAUCUCCGUACGUGCCCGAUGCAUGUCCAGUAAUUGGUAUGCCCGGUCAGCCGGGAUUUGAAUAUCAAGCGCUGACUAUUCUAAAAGAAAAUGAUAGAAAAUGCACCGUAAUGUCUGUCGAAACUCUCCCAUGGGCAUGUAGAAUAUCCAAGUAUGGACAAGAAGUGGACGUAGUCGGUACAAAAGAAGAAGUGCGAUACACACUGGUAGAGAAAUUACGACAAGACAAGAAAACUCUCAAAAUGGAUCCUGCUAGCAUUAUUCAAACCAUAUUAGGACAAAAGCCAAAACUAUACAGAGAGAAAAAUAUUCUAAAGUACACAUUCCUUUGCAUACCAACUAUUCAUCCUCCGAUAAUGUAUGCUAGAUGGAGAAAUUGGGACGGCAAACCAUUAAAUGCAUCACCGCUGUUUUACCAAGGUGCUGAUGAGGACGCGGUGAAAUAUAUGAAUGGUGUUACAGAUGAGUCGAUUGAAAUAGCCAUUGCGCUUACAAAAAAAGUCCCUGACCAAGAUUUUUCGGUUGUUUCAACGAUGCAAGAAUGGCUGUUAGAUCAUUACACAGACCAGAUUACAGACAAACGAUCACUUUUCACUUGUUUAAAAACCAACAAAGCAUAUGAUGGUCUUUUACAUCCUACAACAAAAACAUCCGACGGAAAAUAUGUACCAGAUUUAACCUAUCGGUACGUUAGAGAAGAUGUGCCCUACGGAUUGAUAGUGAUCCGUCAAAUAGCAGAAAUGGUUGGCGUGGAGACGCCAGUGAUUGAUGAGAUCAUCUUGUGGGCACAAGAAAAACUCGGCAAGGAGUAUCUGAAAGACGGAAAGCUUUGUAAGCUGGACCGGGAAAACGGAAGACUUCCGCUGACAUAUGGCAUCCGUACUAUCGAGGAGUUCGUCAGCUUUUUCGCAUAACGUCAACUGAAAUAUUUCAUAUAAGUUUUGUUAUCGUUUGUAAUCGAGAUACAGUAAACGUCAAGUUUAACUAUCAUCUAAUGAUUUAAUACACCUGCUUCUGUUUUACAAGGGCCAUUCUAAAAAUGACAAUUGCGCGCUUCCGUAGAAAUUUCACAUGCAAGAAACUCGUGUUUUACACCGAUGAAACAUGAAUGACUCCUAUAUAAUCCUGCAAUGUUUUACUGAAAAUUAUUGUACCGUUUUAGAUAUUUAGUUUUGUAUAAGGCGUAGACACGCUAAGCGAAACAUGUAGCAAAAAUCUGAAAUUAGAGCGUACAUUAAUGUACGUUGUUACCUAAAAGUACCUGCAAGGCAGAUACUCAGUAAACUGCAUACUUCAUAUUUGUUUCCAGGUGUGUACGUAUAUUUAAAAAAGUCAGGCAGUCCUUAAAGCCAGCCCUGAACAGCAGUGACGUCAAAGAGCAUUGCUGCUGUAAGACGUCUGAUUGAUGAAGACGUCAGGUACACGGUGUCCGAGAUAGCGUCUUUUCUUGGCAUGUCAACGUGGAG